AUGUCAGUGUGUGCUUUCAUCCGUGUUGGUGUUUGUUUCAGUUCUCUGCUUCGUCUGAACAUCAGCCUCCGCAGAAACAAAAGCAUCAACAAAACGACGACCAGGCCGACGCCGGCAGAGGCUCUGAGGGCGACACACUGCACCAAUCAGAAUGCAGAUGUCUCUGAGGAGCCCAUGUUCGUACAGACAGCGCCACCUGCUCUUCCCAGGUCAGAGGGCGGAGUCAGCCAGAAAAACAGCAGUGCACCAUGGGAAAGCAACGGGGCUUCAGGUGGGCUGUUCAACCCCCCCUUCCGUCCUAACCCCAGCAGAGCAGAGGCGGUUGGAGGCCGUCCCCACAGGAGGAGCAGAAGUCUGGAUGGGGAUCGACCAAUCAGACAGCAGAAGAGGAGGUCUCGUUCCCAUGACAACACCAGCAGUGAAUCUGAGAAGACUGCAUGUAACAGCGAGAGACGCAGAAGAACGAAGAACCGAGGUUGUCAUGGCGACCAAACACCUGAGUCCACCUGCCGCCGCCGCCGCCAUAGAUCACGGAGUCCAGAUGCUGUUGUAUGGAAACACAUCCAGAAACAGCUAGUGGAGCCCGACAGUUUGAUUGACAGACAGACAGAGGAAAUACCUUAUAAGGAAGUGAGAGUCCAGGGGCAGCCAAUCAGACCACGGCGCUCUCCCAGGGGGCGGCGUCAUCAUCGGUGGGCGUCGGCUACAGACCUGCAUUUAAAGACGGAGCUGGUCCCGCCUCUUCCUGUUACCACGGCAGCCAACACUUCCUGUGGAUUACCCACAAGUCCAUGAGGCUGUUCCCACAAUGCAAGUUUGACUGUUUAACAUGAUGUAAAAAUUAAGUCAGGUAUUUAAGGCUCAGCACGAAACUUUCUGCUGCUCAAAUAUUCAUCUUCAGUCAGAGUUUGUAUCAGCUGAUUUAGGUCAUGUGACUUUAAUAGAUCAUGUGACCUGAACUGAUAAUUUACAGAGGUGGUCACAUGUCAUCCAGUUUUCAUGGAACUGUUGUUUACUUUAGUAUUUAUUUUUCAUUUUUGUUUUAGUCACUACUUUUCACACAUUUGUUUUUUACAUUUUUA